UUGGGGAAAUCACAACAUCCGAUGAACGUGCACAUAUCUGACGACCAACACGAAGCCAGGGCAUCCGGAGAUUCAUUCGUGCCCCCGAGAUUCUUAACUAAUCAAUCAAGAAAGUUACCGAAGUACGUGAUUCUGCGUUCCAAAAUCCGUGCAUCCAGUCUCAGAUGAAGUUCUGCCUUCUAAACUGCGUGAUGGCGGCGUCAAAAACCGCCGUACCUAGCACCAUGCUGAGGCAUAUAAAACCCUUAUUUCGACUUGGCACAUACCCCAGUCGACCAUCCUUCGUCUCUGCUACCAGCCCGGAUCACGAUCCACCCACACUUUUUCAACAUGUUCAACAAGUCCGCUCUUUUGAUCCUCGUCACUGCUGCUUUUGCAGUUGCCCUUCCCACGGACCCCAUUCCUAAUUUUACCUCCAACGUCAAGCCGCCAUCUCUCGCGCGUCGCGCUGAGUCGUGCUCUUCUAACUACACCUUGAUAUACUGCCGGAAAGUCCUGGAGGCGGACAAUAGUUUCAUCCAGACACUGCUCCAGAGCAUGGGAGUAGACACUUCGGUUACUGGCCCAUUGGGUUUGUCCUGCUCGGCUGCAAAGACGACUGAUUACAUCAACCCCCUGUGCAGCCAGACUAUAGAAAAGGGCUUAGCAAUGAACUGUGUAGAGGCUCUGGUGACCAGAGGCGAGCGGACGCGACGAAAGAGCUGAUAGAAGAUAUGUUAUCUUAGUCUGUGGUAUGGGACUCGUGGUAGGAGUAACGUACCUGAUAGAAAAUAUAUUCUACGGGUAUGCCAGUGUUAGUUCAUUG